AUGGAGCAUGUUUCUGAAUCCGAUGACGGCUCAUGUUCCUCUGCAGGAUUUGUGUCUUCAACUAAGAGGCAUGGAGUUGCUAAGCCUCCAUACAUGCUCCCAUGGAAAACAACUCUAACUGAUGAACAGAGGAGUGACGUAGAAGAGAGACUUGGGGCUAUCCGGUCGGAGAUCCCCGCAUAUGUUGCUGUCAUGAAAAACAGCAAUGUUGACAGCAGGAGGAUGUGCACUCUGGGAAUCAGUUCAGCGUAUGCAAAAGAGUAUCUUCUAGGCGGCGGCGGUGGCGAGAAGCAGCUGAGUAUGAGGAUGAAGCUUCGGCGCAAGGACGAUGAAUGGGAAGCUGGAUUCCAGGACAAGUACGGGAGGCAGCAGAUCGUUGGCAAAGGCUGGAGGAAGUUUGUGACCGACAACAGGCUGAGACUAGGAGACAUCUGCCUCUUCAACCUGGUGAAGAACACCAAGAUGCUGACGAUGGACGUCCACGUCAUCAGGAAGAGAUCGGUGUAG